AUGAAAAGUGGUGAGGAUGAGGUUGGGCCAUCAACGUCGAUAUUCUUAUUUCCGGAUUUGAUGACACGAGAUGAGCUUGUCGCUAUUUUAAAACAUAAAUUCAGAAGGAUAGGUGUCAAUAUAAACAAAAUAGGCAAGCUUACAGAUGACGAAUUAUUGGAACAGUUCAAGAAAUUCGCAAUGCCAAAACCUCAACGAGAGGGAUGUAUUUCCUACAAUUCCCUUAAUCGCUUCAAAAAUAUUAAGGAUUCAAAUAAUUCAGGGGAAGUUUCAGUGGCUAAAUUAGAGCAUUCGGGAUCAAUAUGCAGGAAAAUAAAUCCAAUUAACAAACGGCGAACUACUGUUGAUGGAAAACGGCUUAGCACUAAUAGCAUAGAAUGUCACUCUGCUGAGAAAAAUGCUCGGAAACAUUCUCCCAUACGAUUUCCAUAA